AUGACCUUUCAAGCAUCCUUCGGGUCAAGUUCACCUUCGACCCCAGACAAAAGGCGAAGCUUCCUGACCGAUGUCUCCACCACCCCUGCGGGCCCUCCGCCGUCAACUACAAGUUCCUUCGUCUCACAGAACCCUGCCCGGUCUUCUAAUUUUGGGGGCUUUGAAAGCAGCACCAGGUCCGAUCUGAGUAAUUCCAAUUCUUUAUUUACCAGAUCGGGAAACCUUAAUCUCAAUGACAGUAUUUUCGGGUCUUCCGUUGGAUCCACUGACUUUGCGCUGCCGCGGAAGAAUCAAGGGGCUGGUACGAAGUCAUUCAACCCGUCGCGGCCCUUUUUUAGUUCGACAAACAGCAGCCAGUUUGGCGAAUCGACAAACUUUGGGGUUUCAAAUACCUCCACUGCAUCACAGAUCAACGGGAAUUCGGGAGAGGACGAUAUGGAAGAAGAUACAGAGGUACAGAACGAGGAUGCAGAUGAUGACAAUAUGGAUGCGGAGCAGGCGAAUCGGUCUUCGAUAAACCUCAUGGAUUUCAAGGACUCACAUCUAGGCAAUUCAUUUGCUCCUCAUCCUACAUCUCUUGGUCAACGAAAGUCAGUAUUUUCGAACCUUAGCAGUCCUAAACGGCCGAAACUCGACGAAGGUCGGGCCGCUCGAGCGUCUGUGACCAAACUACAGUCAUCGCCUACUAAAGUUUCUCCAAUACCAUCUAUUGUGCGUGACUUGGCUUCCAGAUCACGCGUCGUGUCAGUUGAUGAGCCAGGCGACUUGAUUAUCAACACCGAAGAUGAAAUUAGUCGAAUAUAUGAUGGGGUGAAGCAAGCAGAACUCGGGAAUGCUGACUUCAGGGCCACCCUUUCAGAGGUUUCGGGUAACCUAGUAGCUAUUUGGGGGUCUUUCACUCGUCAAAAUAGACUCCCUAGGUCGUAUGGCGCGGGAUCUGCCAUCGGUCCCGGGGACGGAGCCUCUAACAUUGACAAAGCCGCCUUCUUAAGUUCUCUGCUAAUGCAGCUUCGUCACCCUCCUCUUUCUACAGUCACAUCUAAUAGUCUCUUCAGCCGUGGAGCUCUCCUGGCGCCUCGGAGUCUUAUACCUGAUAGCAGGAGAGAGCCCACGUUUGUUCCGAUUCCCAGAUUUCUUCUGGACUGGCUUAAUACAAGCCAUGUACCCCAAGCAGACGGCUUACAAAACCUGAGAGACGUGCAACCUAAUCCUGUUGCAUCUCCAGAAUUUUGGGAUAUUGUUAACGCUGCCGUCUUGCGCGGGCAUCUUUCGGAGGUAGCCGGAGUUCUGCGAUCGGCGGAUUUCAGCUACGCCAGAUCUGCUUUGGAAGAUGGACUGCCGCAGACUGGCUACCGCGGAGCACAAUUACAGAAUAUCCAGAGAUGUGUUAAUAAGGCCCUACAGAUAUUGGAAGCAUGUCCCGGUAUUCAUCAGAAUGACUGGGAUAUCAAGAGCACCCAGUGGGCGCUGUAUAGGAAGCGAGUUAUGACGGCCAUAACCGACUUGGAAGAAUUUGCCGAAGGGGAUGAGAAACAAACUCUUGAGCCACCCACUAAGACGCCCUCAUUCCAGGCCGCUAACUUCGGCUUAACCUCGAAGGCUCCCCAGAGUAACUUCUCGUUCACAGAAUCUUCGCGUAUGGCGGAAAGUCGUGUGCCUUGGACAAUUUACCAGAGCCUGAGAUCACUUUAUCUGAUACUUCUUGGUGAUACCGCCGCUAUUGCGACUCACUCGCAGGACUGGGUCGAGGCGACUGUUGCCCUGACGGUAUGGUGGGACGGUGACGACGAGAGCGAGACUUCUCGGGAUAGCAAUAGCGUAUCUGUCGCUGGCAGUAGGACCGACAGAAGCCCUGCGAUGCCACGAGCUGUUGACGAUGAUCCCGUGGGUGCAUAUCUCCAACGUCUCGACUUGAGUUUCGGUAGUGUGACUGGUGAAUCGUCAACCAAUGCCAGCUUCCGUGUCAACACCCUUAACAGUCUAGAAGUGGGACUAGCAUCUGUAUUUGAGGGCAAUAUUGAAGGCGUUGUUGAGCUUCUACAGACCUGGUCGCUUUGCAUCGCAUCUGCUGUGGCAGAAGUUGCAUCCGCAGGUGGUUGGCUGGAGACGGAUUUCCGGGAAAAGCAGCCAUCUGGUCUUAACGAAAGCGACUUGAUGGUCCUCUCAUACGGGCAAGAUGAUGGUUUGCCUGCCAGUCGUAUCCGGAAAGACGAUGUUCUUAGCGCCUAUGCAUGGGGAUUGUACGAGCGCACUUCGGUUCAGACUAAAUCUGUUGUCAAAGAUGGAUGGGAGAUUGCGUUGGAAAUUCUGAGCCGCUUGGAUGACACGGAUAAGAUGCAGAAAAGCGUAACGGAGCUAGUAGACAAACUCCCUCUUGACACCUCAGAGCAGAUGGAUAAAGUGGUGUUGCUGUGCAGUGACCUUGGGCUAGAUAAGGAGGGAAGGCGAGUGUCUGAACGUUAUGGUGAUCUGACUGUAUCGAAAUCUGACGAGUACGGACUGGCACUUGUAUGUUACGCUCGUGCACAUAACAGACGUAAGGUCAAGUCCGUCGUCGACCUGCUCAUUUCGUACAGCCUAGUGCAGUCUCGGGCAUACCCAGCAGAUUCUGAGCUUGACGAGCAACUCCGGUCGUUAAUCCGGGAACCGAAGGCGUGCCUUUCGGCGAUUGCAGAGGCAGACGACGAAGCGGCCCGCAUCUUACAGUUUUACUUUAGUGGCUAUGCGACUCUGCGUCGAUUCUAUGAGGUCCGAGAUGAGGCUGUGACAUUGAAGGAUGGACAGAAACCACGUUUCAGACCUCUGGCCAGGCGACGGGCUGCGGCCCGAGCGCUGGUUGCAGUGAUCAGUAGCGCUGCAGACGGCAUCUAUGGAGGACUCUAUGAUCCAGAUCGGGAUGCUGCAGUUCAGGUGGAUGGGCUGCUGGCACUUCUCGGAGAAGCUUUGGUCUUUCUCGAACAGCCCUCGCCCGUCCUUUCCGUAUCCCAGUUAUUUACGAUUCUAUCCGCUGUCGAAGACCUGGAGACGGUAACACCUCGGGUCUAUGCGCAGUGCGAGGAAUGCUUCCGGUCCACUCUCAUCGAAUACCACCAGUCGCGGCGCGCCACGAGGGCGGACCGUUCCGCAUCGCUUGUUCUCCCGCCGUCCCCACGAGCGCUUCUUAAGAAAUCAGUUUCGUCUGCUACAGCGUCCAGCUCCUUUUCGCUUAUCGGUAGCGACAUGAUCGAAUCCGCCUGUGGCCAGUCGGGGCCUGGAUCUAUAGGAGGUUCCACCGUACUGGUCUCCCAUCCAGACGAUGGUGAGAGGGAGCAGGGAGGCUUCGAACGAGGGUGGGACUGGCGUGCGGGGUUUUCAGCAGAUGCCAGUGGACAGGACGUUCUUCGUAUCCUGAGGUUGGGGCUGGCGAAGGGAUUGAGUCUGCGCGCUCUUGGCUCGGUUUGA